AUGCUUUGCGAUGUGUGUAUUGGCAUGCUUAGCCAGCGUAAAGGUCUGGUGAUGCAUGGCACCCUUCAACCUACCUUCGAGCACCACAAAUCCACGAAAACACUCCGACAUUCACGAGAUAUGCAGUGUCCAGUCUGUACAAGACUGGCCAAGACACUAAGUCUACAUACUGAUCUUGCAAAAGACCAAGGAUUGUCUGUCCAAGCAACACUCAACAGAGAAAGAGGCUAUGGCAAGGAGACGGGCAAACGCUGUUUCAAAUUGAUCUUUUUUCUCCACCCGAACCGUGAAUGCACCUUUUUCUUGGAAGAAACAGACCAAAAAGCAUCCUCCGCUCCUCGAAAUCAUACAUUGAAAGACGUCGUAGAAACAGCACAAGGUUGGAUGAACCACUGCAAGUGCGCCAAAUUCUGGGACGAGCCCGGCGUGAAAUGGUACCCUCGCCGUCUAUUGGACUUGCAAGAGUUGCGUGCAAAUCCUCAGGAUCCUCAACGAGCAAGAGUGCGCUUGGUAGAGUCUAAAGAAUGCCUGGGUCAACCAGAAAAGCGCAGCAUAUUCCAUCAUGCCCCAGCCAAACGCCAAAACGACCGCUACGUGACCUUGAGCCACUGCUGGGGCAAGCCAGGCCCCAACUUACCACCACCACUGAAAUUGACUUUCGAAACCGAGAAGCGCUUCAAGAAUGAAGGCAUCAGACUGCAUGAGCUCCCCAAAACAUUUCGCGACGCCGUCAUGUUCGCUGCACGACUAGACAGAGUUGGCUUCAUAUGGAUCGACUCUCUCUGCAUCCGCCAACCCAUCUUGAAAGAAGGUAGAAAUAAAGCGGAGGAGGAAAGAGAUUGGUUUGAGCAAAGCCGUCAUAUGGGAGCUGUGUAUCAAAAGGCCUUUCUGAACAUCUCCGCUACAGCCUCAAAAGACGGCCAAGGAGGCUUGUUUUUCAACGAACGCCCUGCGCAUCUCUGGGAAAACAACGUCUAUGUGUAUUGCCCCGAGGAACGCCCAUCAGUAUCGAAAAAUGGCCCUCCAGAAAGAGAUGUAUACGCAAAAUGCUCGCUCAUCGAUACGUCUACGUGGGACGACCUCGUUGAGUACGCACCGGUCAACCAAAGAGCCUGGGUCUUCCAAGAGCGCUUACUAGCGCCGCGCGUCCUUCACUUUGGCUACAACCAGCUUGCCUGGGAGUGUCGCGAGUUCAACAUGAGCGAGAGCCAUACUUCAAACGAGCUAGGCAUCAAGCCAUCCCGUACCAACGGCUUCAUUCAGGAUGCUCGCUUGAAGCACCUAACACCCGCUAUGGGGCGCUCACUCCGCGAAGCACGAUUGAGCGGUAUGUCCGACCCCGAUCAGCACAUCAGAGACCUGUACAUCUACGAACUGUGGAAGAAGACUGUGGAAAGCUACUCCCAAACAGCGCUUACGCAGCAUAAGGAUAGGCUGAUUGCACUCGGCGGUAUUGCGAAACUCUUCCAAGAAGACCUCUUUGGUGUGGACUGCAGACAGAUCUACGUCGCUGGACUAUGGAGCCGAUACAUUGAAAGCCAGCUACUAUGGCAGGUAAACGAUGUAUACAAUGGAAAUGGUUUAUACGACAACCCUGGUAAACGGCAUUCAGAAGGCGGUCCCUCAUGGUCAUGGGCCGCUAUCGAAAGUCCACAUGGCAUCACCUAUGGCGAUGUCACAGACUUCAAGACUCCACAAAGCGGACAGGCAAGACCGCGCGACGAACUCCUUUUCAAAGUCGUGGAUUAUAAAAUCUCCCUCGCUGACCCAAAGAACCCCUUUGGAAUGGUGACCGCUGGCCGCAUCUUCCUUGCACCCCGCCACCUCCACCGCAUUGAACUGCGUAAGCAAAGCCCUAGCCACGGAGUUCCGUAUAUAUGGCACUUGAAGCCGCCGGUGCAGCAGACCAAGCGGCCAAUUGAGUAUGAAAAUAGCUACCUCGAUGCCCCGGAUUCUGAUGCCGAUGUCUUUGCCCCAACUGCCGAGUUGUACUGCAUGCCAGCUGCGUUUGGGAUGCGGACUGUUAGAAGCUCAGAUCGCUACUUGUACUGCUUGUUGCUCAAAUGCGAAGGCCGCGUUUCAGUCCCGCCAAAUACGCCAGGGAAGCAGGGAAGUGUCUACCGCGUUUUCCGGCGUGUAGGCAUUACUCAAGUGGGAAGUAUGUUUAGGGGAGAACAAGAAGCACUGUUGAAGCAGGGAAUGACGCAGGAAGUCAGUUGUUUGUGCUAA